AUGAAAAGCGCAGAAUAUAUAAAAGCUAACAAUGACUGGUUAGAUGCCCAAGCCAACGCUAAAGCAGCCCAACUCAUAGGGUCAAUAAGGACAAAAAUACAAGCGGAUGAAGACAGUUCAAAUGAAGCUUUAACAAAUGCUGACUUUAAGAACGCCUUCGAAGCUCUUCAUAGUAAGGUGAAACAAGUGAACGACUUCUCAUCUGGAAAGAAACUGAAGUCUGAAGGUUUCGACAAAGAGUUAAAAGAAGUAGCACAAAAUAUGACGAAAAUAACAGAUGCAGCAACGAGACAGGCAGUUCAAAGCGCCUAUGACGCCGUUAGAGCAACUGUUGUGGAAAGUCAAGAAAAAGAGUUACAACAGACCAAAACAGACCUAGUAAAUGCUUUCUUAAGAACGAAAAGUCAGGUAGGACAUUACGCUGCAGAUGGAACAUAUGUGCCAGCUGGUGGAAUUUAUAUACCACCAAACCCUCCAAGAGAAGCACCUGCACCAGGACUACCUAAAACAUUUACAUCGUCACAUGGACAUAGACACAGGCAUGCACCAAAACCAGCACAACAACCAACACAACAACCAACACAACAACCAGCACAGCAACCAACAGUUCAAAACCCUGCACAACAACAACCACAAACAGAGCAAGGACAUAAAAGAAGUAGAGAACAAGGAAACCAAGAAUUCUUAAAAAUGCUUAAAGAAGAGUGUGGUUUCCCAGAUACUGUUGACUUUAGUGACAGAUAUAAAGAAGCUAUUGGAAAGUUCAAGGAUGGAAAUACUGACCCGAACCUAUUUAGCUUUAUGGCUCAGCACCAAAACGGAUAUAAUCUCAAACCUGGAAAAUACAAGCUCGCAAAGGGAUAUGAUUUAAUAGCAUAUCAUCCAAAUGACAUGGAUGAAUUUACUCCGAGAUAUUUGAUGUCAGAGCUAAAUGACAAUUCAACUUUCGUCAUGAAACGCGUAAAAAAUAGAGACGGAACGAAAGAACAAAAGCUUAUGAAUGCGGAUGACGUAGAUAGGGAAAUUGUUAAAAACGGUCUCGGAAUAUAUGAAAUGCCAGCAGAUGAGGUACAAGAAACUCCACAGGAAGAAAUAGUUCAGAUACAACCAGACAUGGAAGAAAUAGUUCAGCAACAACAGCUAGAAGAGCCUGAAGGAAACGAACAAGUCACUCCUUU